CAUUCAUCGGAAAUAGUCGGCGCUCGCCUGUACUCACUUCCCUCCCAGCUACUCUGGAGCUUAACCCUUUCUUUCCUCUGCUUCAGGCCCAUUGCCUUCUGCUGCAAGAACCUGAGGAGAAGAACCGAACACUUUGGAGGCACCACGGUCCCGCUGAGCGAGGUGUGACUGCACGGACAUGAAUCCUGCCAAUAAGAGCACGGAGCAAAGGCCCAUCUGGCCCAUUCAAGGAUCCCCAAAAAGGCAGUGAUGGCAAAGCGAGACUACCUGGUGGAGGCAGCCAAGCAGAUCCACAUGGCGCUGGACAGCGAGGUCAACGAGGACUACGAGGCAGCGUUCAGUUACUACAAGAACGGCGUGGAUUUACUGCUGAACGGGGUCCAGCUGGACCUGAACAAGGAUCGACGGGAAGCCGUGAAGAGGAAAACAACGCAGUACCUGAAGAGGGCUGAAGAAAUCUUCAUUACACAUCUCCAUGACAACCUGGAAAAAGGAAACUCUCAGUUAGGGGGUUACAGCAGUCUGAGGUUUCGUCCUAUCAGACACUUGAGUUCUCCUGUGGAGGAUCUGGAGAUGUGUAAGGUCGUGGGGGUGAGCGAUAAGGUGCUGAUUGUCCAAAGUCUGGUGAAUAAAGAGACCUUCGUGGUAAAGAGUCUGGUCAAGUCGAGCUGGGAGAGCAGAGACCAACCUACCAUCAUUCCACAGGGGGUCCCGUACAUGGUGAAACUGCUAAGGUAUUACGUCAGCGAACACGCCGUGUACCUACAUCUUGAACACGUGAAAGGCGGAAGGCUCUUCUCCAAGCUGCACAAGCUGAGGAAUGAAAAAGCCAAGGAACACCCAGAGUGCUUCAGUUGUGGUCAACCCAGCAUCAAAUUGAAGACCAGCUACACCUCGCCUACAAUAAGCACAGACUACCAGCAUCAGGUCAGCGGCAGCACAAGAUACAACCCACCCUCAGAGAGACUAAACGACGAGAGCCCAGACACCGACUUCCCAACGUCUUGGCACGAGACUCAGCAGCGUUUGGAGAGCUGCGGGACUCACUCCUACAUCGAGGAGACAGGCUGUCUACAGAGCACAUGCUCUGCGGUGUCAUUUUACAGCAGGCUCGAUCGUCUGACUCUGCUUUCAAGUCCGACAAAGACACAAGUCAGCGCUCGCAUUCACCCACCAGCUCCGAGCUUGUGUUUGCAUUCCAGCCAAACUCAGGAAAAGCCUGUUCUUCCUCUUUCAUGCACUCGUGUCAAUCACGCUCUUGAUGUCAUGUCAGAGCUCCACAAGAAGAAAGCCGUAAUGGGACUGACGGAGUGCAGCUCUCACUUUGAAGUUGCGUGGAAAGCCGUAGAUCCGGCGCACGACUGUGUGAAAAUAAACCCCUAUGCAGUGACAGACAGCUCGCCAGCACAAAUGCCACCUCAUACAAACCAGACCUCAGUUCUAAAGGUGGGAAAUAACAGUUUGAAUACCUCUCCCGCCACUUUGCAUCUUCCUGUCCAUUGCCAAAGCCAGAUCCAUGGCAGGGUAUCGUGGAAUUACAAUGGAUCUCACCAAGAAUCUCUUUUAAGUGGGAACCCUGCAGAUUUGAUUACAGUCCAACAACCCACAGGUGGAAUGGGCAGCAACAGUUCAACCACACAGGAAAGAAAGGAAAUGGUCAUCACCAGGAGCACAGACCAAACAGUGUUUCCUGACCAAACAGACAGAGGAUCUCUUUUAGAAAAUCCCCGUUCCCCUUUUACUUCUCUUUGUCAAACCACUACAGGAAAACAGGAGCUACUUUCAGGUGUCUCCAUGAAACAUAAAGGGGAAUCUCUCUGUAGAGAUGGAGGACAGUUGGUGAAGGAGGCCUGGAAACCCCCGAGUCCUGGACAGAAAGACGUGCCUGAAAAAGAAGGUUCACAAUUUGACCUUGAUGAAAUGGCAAACCAAAAGACGAGAGAGAGCAGGGACGCCUUCCUGAAUUCCGAGGGAUCAGAGGGUCAGUGUGCAGACCAGAUCAUCGAGGUGGACGGCUGGUGCCACCUGCCUCAAUUGCCUAGAAAGCCCUCCGAUACCAAAGAGAAGGUGAUGCAGACUUGCUGGGGGCUUCCUGAGGCAGACGUGCGUGUCUGGGGUGCGCAGAUCCUCCUGGCUCUUGAGAGCCUGCACCAACACGGCAUCAUGUGUCGGGAUCUGAACCCAAGAAAUGUACUCCUCACCAGCAACGGAAAGGUGUGCUUGACAUUUUUCGGCCAGUGGAGUGAGGUUCAGUCAGAGAUUAACUCCAAAGCCAUGGAACAAAUGUACUGUGCUCCAGAAGUCGGCGGGGUGUCAAAAAUUACAGAAGCUUGUGAUUGGUGGAGUCUCGGAGCUCUGCUGUUUGAACUUCUGACAGGAAUGCCUCUGUGGCAGCUCCAUCCAGCAGGAAUCCACUCCCACACCCAGCUCCUCAUCCCCGACCACCUGAGCACCGCCGCUGCAUCCCUGCUCAUAGAGCUGCUUCAAUUUGAUGCCGGCUACCGUCUCGGCUCUGGAGGUGGAGGCGUGAGCGACAUCAAGUGUCACCCCUUCUUCAGUGCCAUGUCCUGGAAAGCUCUGAGCUCCUAGAGGGUCCACUCGGUGAUACCUCUCGUCCUGACAUCCAGCGUCUUCAUGUGGCCAACCUGCUGCAGCACUUUGUGCUCCUCAAAGAAAAACCACAUCAAUAACUGAAAGAAAAGGUGAUAUUAGAUUUUCAGUUUUUGUGAGACACCCUCA